AUGCCGACCACGGAGGUGACACUGAUCCUCAGCGACUGGACUAGAGGGAAUAAUGGCAAGAAGCUGGAGUUGCCUCACAUUCCAAUGGAGGCAACAAUGUUAGAGGUAAAGAAGUCUGUCUUGGAGGGGUUGGAUGCAGCAGAUAUGCAGCCAGAAACCAUCUUACUAUUCGCGGGGACUCUUCAGCUUCUAGACGGGAAAUUGCUGAAGGACUACAAUAAAUCUGGCCGCACAAAAUUAUCACUAGAUGUCUAUGAGCGUGUAGAUAUGAACCUCAAGGUUAAAACCUUGCAACACUGUGGAUCUGGUGGAUGUGUCUGCAUACCACUUUGGUCUUUUCUCUGCCGCCAAACGAUAAAGAUAACUAUUGGUGAUCAUGAGACAGUUGGCGACCUGAAGCGGAAGAUUGCAGAAGAGCUGGACGACCCAAAUAGGUACAAUCCAGAAAACAUCAAACUGACUUUCAUGAGCACUAUGCUCUUCGACGAUUCUCAAGUCCUAAAGGAUGCAGGGAUACAUAAUGACGACACCGUCAACUUCUUGGUGGACUGCUGCUACUGGAAGAAGUCACGUAAAACUGGCAACAAUGGUGCUGCUUCGGCUCCGCUGAAGGCGGAAGAUGCCGCAGACGCUGCACAAGACGUCGCCGACGCCAACGAAGAUGCAGGAGAGGGCGCGUCAAAACACGGAGGUGACGAGGCUGGAGCAGAAGCGCGUGAUCCACACGAUGCCGCAUUGGUGGAAAAUCCUGGCGAACAUCAAGAGUAG